CGAUUUUUGAUCAUUCUAUCAAUUUUUCUCCAGAGACGUCUUUGUAUACGCCCCUGGAAUAUUUUCCUUCCGUUCGCAUUUUCUUCACGAGUUUAAUUUUCCGAAAGAAAAGCGAAAAUGAGAGAGUGCAUCUCGAUCCACAUUGGUCAGGCCGGUAUUCAGGUCGGCAAUGCGUGUUGGGAGCUUUACUGCCUUGAACAUGGCAUUCAGCCUGAUGGACAAAUGCCCGGAGAUCACACCGUUGGCGGUGGUGACGAUGCCUUCAACACAUUCUUCAGCGAAACUGGUGCUGGAAAACACGUCCCUCGUGCAGUGUUCGUAGAUCUGGAGCCAACUGUCAUUGAUGAGGUUCGCACUGGCACUUACCGCCAGCUAUUCCACCCAGAACAACUUAUCAGCGGCAAGGAAGAUGCAGCUAACAACUUUGCCAGAGGCCAUUAUACCAUUGGCAAGGAAAUCGUGGAUCUCUGCCUUGAUAGAAUUCGCAAGCUCGCUGAUAAUUGUACUGGGUUGCAGGGAUUCCUGGUUUUCCACGCUGUAGGUGGUGGCACUGGAUCUGGGCUUGGAUCUCUUUUGCUCGAGAGGCUGUCUGUUGAUUAUGGUAAAAAAUCAAAGCUGGGCUUCACAAUUUACCCUUCCCCUCAGGUUUCAACUGCUGUUGUUGAACCAUAUAACUCUGUGCUUUCGACGCAUUCCCUUCUUGAGCACACUGAUGUUGCUGUGCUUCUUGAUAAUGAGGCUAUUUAUGAUAUUUGCCGCAAAUCACUUGACAUUGAGAGGCCCACUUAUACCAAUCUGAACAGGCUCAUUUCUCAGGUGAUUUCUUCUUUGACUGCUUCUCUGAGAUUUGAUGGUGCCUUGAACGUUGAUGUGAACGAGUUCCAAACCAACUUGGUGCCGUAUCCUAGGAUCCACUUCAUGCUUUCAUCAUAUGCCCCUGUUAUCUCUGCCGAGAAGGCCUACCACGAGCAACUAUCUGUUGCUGAAAUCACCAACACUGCAUUUGAGCCAUCAUCUAUGAUGGUGAAGUGUGACCCACGCCAUGGGAAAUACAUGGCUUGCUGUCUGAUGUACAGGGGUGAUGUUGUCCCCAAGGAUGUGAAUGCAGCUGUCGCCACUAUCAAGACCAAGAGGACAAUUCAGUUCGUGGACUGGUGCCCCACAGGUUUCAAGUGUGGUAUUAACUACCAGCCACCAACUGUUGUCCCUGGCGGUGACCUGGCUAAGGUGCAGAGGGCUGUUUGUAUGAUUUCCAACUCCACCAGUGUGGCGGAGGUGUUCUCAAGGAUUGACCACAAGUUUGAUCUGAUGUAUGCCAAGCGUGCUUUUGUGCAUUGGUAUGUUGGUGAGGGUAUGGAGGAAGGGGAGUUCUCAGAGGCUAGGGAGGACUUGGCUGCUCUUGAGAAGGAUUAUGAGGAAGUUGGGGCUGAGUCUGCUGAAGGUGAGGAUGAUGAAAAUGACGACUACUAAACUAGGUACUUCUUAAGAAAGCUGGAAGGGUUGCAAACCUCUCCCGUUUAUGUUUCUGUUAAACUUGUUGUCUGCUGUUGAGCUGUUUUCUGCAUUUCUGGACCGUAUGUAAUCCCUAUUUUGUUUCAAUUUGAGACUAUGAUUUGUGUUGUGUUA